AUGACACCAGCCUUCUGGAGUUUGAUGCAAGGAUGGCUCACUAUCUUUUCGUGGAUCGGACUUUGCGCCGCCGUGCCAUUUGUGUCCGCGCAGGCCCUCCAGGGAUUGAUCAUUCUGAACUCGGAAACAUACGUCCCUGAGAGAUGGCACAGCACACUUCUCAUGUGGGCUUUCUUGACCAUUCCAGUCCUGUGCAACGUCUUUGGACGAAAGCUGCUCAAGGCGGUGGAAAUCGUCGGAGGUGUCCUUCACGUCAUUUUCUUCAUUGCCACCGUCACUACUUUGGCUGUCAUGUCGGAAAGGAGUUCAGCCAAGUUCGUCUUCACUGAAUCCUUUUUCGGCCAGAGCGGCUGGGAGAGUGAGGGUGUUCAAUGGUGCCUUGGGCUGCUGUCCAUCACCUCGGUCUUGACCGGCUUCGACGGCGUCCUCCAUCUCAGUGACGAGAUCUCCGACGCCCCCGUGAAGGUACCUCGUGCUAUGAUGUGGGCUGUGGUUCUGAACACCGUUAUGGCUCUUGGCUUCCUGAUCACCCUCCUCUUCUGCAUCGGCGACGUUGAGGCCGCCAUCAACACCCCUACUGGAUUCCCCACGAUUCAAAUUCUUUACCAAGCCACGGGUUCCAAAGCAGGCGCCACAAUCAUUGAGUGCAUGAUUCUCCUCUCGACCAUGAUCGCACUUUUCGGCGUUUUCGCUUCCGUAUCGCGUCUGACUUGGGCAUUCGCACGAGACAACGGACUUCCGUUCUCGGAGUUCUUCGCUCGCGUCCACCCUACACUCCACAUCCCCCUGAACUCCCUCGGACUGGUCACCACGAUCGCCGCGUUGAUCGGGCUCAUCAAUAUCGGCAGCACGACCGCCUUCUUCGCGAUCCUGUCGCUCGCGACGAUGGGCCUGUACCUAUCCUACGUAAUCCCGCUGGCGUUCGCCCUCGCCCGCAAACUCCAAGGCAGACACCCACCCUACGGGCCCUUCCAGCUUGGCGUGUGGAGCAUCCCCAUCAACAUCGCCGGAUUGGCGUUUGGAAUCUUCAUCGUCACCUUCCUCCCCUUCCCCGUGGUGCUACCCGUCACUGCCGAGUCGAUGAACUACGCCGCGCCAAUUCUGGGAGCCAUCAUGAUCGGCGCCCUGCUCGACUGGUUCAUCAGCGGCCGUAAGCGCUUCGAGGUGCCAACCAGCAUGCCUGAGCAUUACAAUUAA